GUCUAAGAGAGAAAACAGCAGAGAUCGAAUCGGAGAAUCUAUGGCUUCUUCGUACAGAACCCAGUCCGCUAAGAGAUGGCUUCCUCUUGAAGCUAAUCCCGAUGUUAUGAACCAGUUUCUUUGGGGACUGGGUCUUCAAGAGGAUGACGCAGAAUGCUAUGACGUUUACGGUUUAGAUGGAGAACUCUUAGAAAUGGUUCCAAAGCCUGUACUUGCUGUGCUGUUUCUUUAUCCUUUAACCCCUAAGACUGAAGAGGAGAGAAUGAAACAGUUAGAUGAUAAACGGGAAACCAAAGGUAAUGUUUAUUUCAUGAAACAAACCGUGGGCAAUGCUUGUGGAACUAUUGGACUCCUUCAUGCUGUUGGAAACAUCACUUCAGAGAUCAAACUUGCUGAUGGGUCAUUCUUGGAUAGAUUUUUCAAAAGUACUGCAAACAUGGAUCCAUUGCAGCGUGCAGCAUUUCUUGAAAAUGACAAUGAAAUGGAAGUUGCCCAUUCAGUAGCAGCUACUGCUGGUGACACAGAGGCUUCAGAUGAUGUUGACACUCACUUUAUCUGCUAUGCAUGUGUGGAUGGGGAACUAUAUGAGCUUGAUGGGAGGAAGUCAGGGCCAAUCUCUCAUGGUCCAUCUUCACCAAACACUCUAUUGCAGGAUGCAGCUAAAGUCAUACAGGGCGUGAUCCAGAAAAAUCCCGAGUCCCUCAACUUCAACGUCAUUGCCAUUUCGAAGAAAUCAGGUGGAUUUUCUUAAGUUGGAGGCUCAAAAUGGUCGAAGGUUCGAUGUAGGUAUUUCAAACUGAGCAAUAUCUUAUCCUAGUUAAUGUUUGCUAGCUUCAUCUUUUAUCAUAAGCUGCCUGGAUUUAGUCCAUGGUAAACAAUCCUGAAUCACUGUAACCAUAUGGCAUUGAUCAGUGAGUAACCUUGUUUUGCUAAGCUGAAUGUUAAGUUAAAUUUUUCCUGGUCGAAAGCAAUGUGUGUUUGAUGGAGGGAUAGGAAU